AUGAAGCAAAAGAUGGUGAUCAAGUUGUCUGCUGUGCAUGAUGAGAAGUCCAGAGCCAAAGCUAUGAAGACUGCAGUUGGGGUUGAUGGGGUGAAUUCAGCUAGUUUGCAGCAGGACAAGGGCCUAAUAGAAGUGAUAGGGGAUGGAGUUGAUGUGGUUACGCUCACAACUCUGCUCAGAAAAAGCUUGAAGCAUGCUGAGGUGGUUAGUGUGUCUGUGGAGGAAAAGAAGGAGGAAAAGAAGGAGGAAAAGAAGGAGGAAGAGAAGAAGAAAGAACCAGAGGCAAUGUUCCAGUAUGUCAUGCCCUGCCCUCCUCAAUACCUUUGCCCUCCCUAUCCACCAUACGAAGAACCUGGUUGUUCUAUUAUGUAA